AUGAAGAGGGCAAAUCUUGAUAAAACACAUAAUAAGAAAAAGGCAAAGCUUGAUAAAACAGAUACACAUUCUGCUGCUGUAGCUCCUCAGGAUGUUGAACUUGAAGAAGAAGCUGAUGACAUUGAUGUUGUGGAGGUAGAUGUUAAAGUAGAGGGUGAAGAAGAUCAUGUAAAAAUGGAAAGGGAAAGGUGGUCUGAGGUAUGGAAGUAUUAUACCAGACUUCCAAUUGGUACAGAUAGUAGGGAAAUGGCUAAAUGUGAUAAGUGCAAAAAAAGAUACAUUUGUGAAACAAAAAAUGGGACAGGUUGCUUGAGAAAUCACAUUGCAAAGUGUCCAAGAAGGGACAACAGUGACAUAACACAAUUCAUUUUUGCAAAAUCAGGUGGUUCCAUUUCAAUAAAUUCCACAGUUUUUAAACCCAAAAGAUUUCGUGAACUUAUUAGUGAAGCUAUUGUCAAGCACGACCUUCCCUUUAAGUUUGUAGGGUAUGAGGGAAUUAGAGAAAUCUUUAGUUACUUAAAUGAAAAAGUUACCACAAUUACUGGAAACCCUGCUAAAGAAGAUGUGCUGAAUUUGUUUAAAAGAGAAAAAGGAAAACUCAAGAAAUUGUUUGAGUUACUUCCUGGUCAGAUUUCAUUAACUGCUGAUUUGUGGUCUUCUAUUAACAUAGACGGUUUCUUGUGUGUUACUUCUCACUUUAUUGAUGAGGAGUGGAAGUUGCAAAAAAGAAUUUUGAACUUUCAAUAUAUGCCACCUCCACAUAAUGGCGUAUGUUUAACUGAAACAAUAUCUACUUUAUUGACCAAUUGGGGGAUUGAUAAAAAGUUGUUUACAAUCACGUUAGAUAAUGCUGCAAGUAAUGAUACCUUUGUCAAUCUCCUAAAAGGUCAAUUAUGUAAUGAAGGUGCACUUCGUAGUAACGGGGAUUAUUUUCAUGUUCGAUGUUGUGCUCACGUGUUGAAUUUAGUUGUGCAAGAUGGAUUGAAGGCUAUUGAUGAAGGGAUUGUCAAAAUUAGAGAAUCUAUCAAGUACGUGAAGGGAUCCUCAAUAAGGAAAAGAAACUUUUUGAAUUGUGUGAAACAGGUUAAUUUGAAUCCAAAAAAAGGCUUGCGACAAGAUGUUCCAACUAGAUGGAAUGCUACUUUUCUUAUGAUUGAAAGUGCUCUUUUUUAUCGUCGUGCUUUUUUCCGUUUAGCACUAAGUGAUUCUAAUUACUUAGAUUGUCCAAGUAAUGAAGAAUUGGGUAAAUUAGAAAAUAUUUUCAAAUUUUUGGAAGUAUUUUAUGAAGUCACAUGCAUUUUUUCUGGAAAUAAGUAUUGCACAGCAAACUUAUAUUUUCCUUCGGUUUACGUUAUUGAAUCACCCAUGUCUUAUAGAGCAUCAACCGUUUCAACAAGUGAUUCAAGUAACAGUGUUUACAAAAAGAAAGAUGACACGACACUUAGUAAAAGCACGAGAGAAAUGCUACAAGAGUUCACAGUGUAUGAAACUAAGGAGUUUGCUUUGUCUCAAAAAUCACAAUUAGAGAUUUAUCUAGAUGAACCAAGAAGUGACAUAACUGAAGAUAUAAAUGUACUUUCUUUUUGGAAAGCUUAUCAAUAUCGUUAUCCGGAACUUGCUUCCAUGGCUCGAGAUAUUUUGAGCAUCCCCGUCUCCACGGUUGCAUCCGAAUCAGCCUUUAGUAAUGGUGGUCGUGUUCUUAAUCAAUAUCGGAGUGAUGAAGAGUUAUGUUUACAAGAUCUUACAGAAGAUGUUAUGAAGUUGGAUAGCAAUGCCAAUGGUGGUAAGAACUACACGGGUGGUGUAGUUGAGUCUGAGGAGCACUGGCACCCCUUCAAAUUAAAUUCAGAUCACGACUUGAAAUACGAUUCCUUAGAUGACGGAGAUGAAGAGGACUCUGGUGAGGAUGACAAAAAUAAUGAUGAGGAUGACGAUGAGGGCAUCUCCGACACCUGGGAAGAGAACGAUGAAAACAUGCAAGAUCUAGAAGAGGGAGAAAUUUGCCCUGAUCGGAACUCUACCUCCGUCGUCGGUGAUCAACCCCCAACCGUCACAGUUGGGGCAGUCGAAAGGGUCUCCAGUUGCGGAUCAUGUUGGGAAUUCGAAUGA